AUGUCCCUUGUCCACCUUGCAAACACCUGCUCUCACAUGCAGAACGCCUCGCGCGCACGACUCGGUCUGACAUCGAUCCCAGACACCAAAUUCCACCUGAAACUGAUGCUCGCCCUCCAAAACUCGGGUUUCCUGUCGACCGUCGUGCGCGGCGGUCCCACGCCACCCCCGGCACACAACCUGCUCUCACAUCCUUCCUCGUCUGAUCCGGCACACCCGAUCGAACCCGUCACGCGGCACAACGUGGCCUCGCGUCGCCUCUGGCUCGGCCUGAAAUACUGGAACUCCGAACCGGUGAUCGAGAAGAUGGAGCUUGUCUCGAAGCCGACAAGGCGGAUAUGGAUGGACGUGGCGGGCUUGCGGAGGCUCGUACUGGGCCAGAAGAGUGGCUAUGUCAAGGGAAUGACGCGGCCCGGGGAGUGCAUGUAUGUCAGUACGGACGUGGGGAUUCUGGAGGCACGAGAGUGUGUGGAGCGGAAGAUUGGGGGGAUGUUGGUCUGUCGAGUGCGGUAA